CAGUUAUCGGAUUUCGUUUCCAAAAGUCAAAACAUUGUUUAUUUUUAAGUUUCAGUUUAUUUUAAUAACAAGAACAAUGAGUCCCAUUUGCAAAUACUGCAAUCUUCCAGAAAACAAACAAUUUCAACCAGGUCUAAUAUGCGAGGCGUGCAGGUGUUUUGUACAUUUAACAUGUUUAAAAAGUGGAGGAACGCCGGGUGAUUUUUCUGGCGAUGUUUUCUUCGACUUCACAUGUGCUGAUUGUUCGCCUAGUAAAGAAGAAUGUUUCAAUCGGAACAAAAUUCUUUGGGUCAAUGUGAUACUGUUAACAUUAUACCACCACAGUAAGCAUAUGAGCGGGAUCAGCAACCAUGGCUACUUCCACUAUAAGACGCACAUCUGUUCUUUCAUCGAUAGGAAUUGGGUGCUACUCUUUGGAGCCAAAUGUAAACAGAAGAAAAACUGGAUAGGCACAAUCGCUGGGGCGCUGUCGAGCUACAGCAACCUGCUCGUCCAAUCUGGCUCCGUCCAGCUCGGUGAGACUGGCUGGUGGAAGCUGAAACACGAGUUUACACCAGCAGUCGCUACUUAUAUAUUGCAAGAGGUAUCUCGCGACAGACCAAAAGGACGACUCCGGAACCUAAACAGCAUCCAAGACAGGGAACUCUUCAUAGAAAAAGUCACUGAAAUGGGUUACAAAGAUUAUAUGGCGGAGGAAGUAGAUUUAAAGCCAAUAUCGAACCCGGCGAAGAAACGACGCUUGGACUUGGAAGACACGUCCGGCACAUCGCACGAAACGUUCGAGACUGAACUCAAAACGGACGACAAACAAACACAUAUGAAAGAGGAUUUAGAAGAAGUCGAUGCGUCGGCAGCGAGUCUCUCCUCGAAGGAGAACUAUUCCGACAUGGAGAACACUUUUAAAGGCUUCGAGUACGCCGCAACGAGUCAACUGUUGCCGAGUGAUUCUUCCAGCGUACACUCUUACAAGCACUCUCUGCACUACGACUCCGACUCCCACAGCUCCCACAAAGACCUUACGGACACGGAAAAGAAGGAAAAGGAGAGGAAACCGAAGGACAAACCUUACUCGCGCCGGGAUAACUUAUUUUCCAAAGAACUAAAUUCCAUAGACAUGCCCUGGUUGUGUGAGACAGUGGGAGGAGGUAAUAAGGAAGUGGUGGGGAUGACGGAGUACGAAGAAGUGCAGUUGCUGAAAAACGUUGAGAAUUUGAUAGUGAGAGUUAGAGAUGUGGAGAAAAAGGCGUAUUUGUGCAGGAUGAGAGCGAAGUUGGCGCUGCGGAGGCUGAAGAGGCAUAAACACUUGCCGAUCUUCGAUUUAGAUAAGACUGUGAAAAUACUGGGGGGCUAUAUUAUGGAGGAGCGACAAACUAUCACAAAUCCGGAGAGAGUGCUCGAUCGGUUCCAGAGAUCGUACCUGCUAGACAACCUGAGUGGCACGGUCGCCAGCACGAACUAUGGCACAGUGCUUCUAUCGAACAUCGAACCGGCGCCCUUCCGGUCCGCGUACUCGGGCGCCACGCUGCGGCCCUACAUCCGCCGCGACCGGGAGACUUCGCCCCUCUGGCUGAGGCUUAUGGACGAGCUGCUGCGGAGGACGCAUCGUCACGAGCCCAACUACACCCCCCCUCCGCGCGGCACCAUCGACUACUCGUACGUGCGGCCGCAACACAUCGCCGCUGUUAACCGAUUGUGCGCGCAGUACUUCUGGCCGGGGAUUGACUUGACCGAGUCGCUGCAGUACCCGGAGUUCAGCUGCGUGGUGACGUACCGGCGCGUGGUGGUCGCGUGCGCGUUCCUCGUGCCGGACGCGGGCGCGCAGCGCGCCUACAUAUCGUUCGUGCUCGCGCGCCCCGAGUGGCGCCGCGCGGGCAUCGCCAGCUUCAUGCUGUACCACUUGCUGCAGCAUGUUUUAUUUGUUUGUUUACAGGUCGAAGAGCUGAUUCAAGACUUUUACGAGAAAUACUAUGACAUCGACUACAAGGGCUGUCGGCAUGCGUUGUUUUUGAGACUAGUCAGAUAAUAAAUAUAAAAAAU